UGCAAAGUGAAGACGCAAAGUGAAACGCGAAAAAGCUCGAGCUUGCUCCAUUUCUCCACACGAGCCCGAGACGCGCCUUCCGUUGCCGCGUCUGGCGGAGACCCUGGCCCACUUGCUCCACGAAUUUACAUAACAGCCCACUGAGCUGUCCCGCCAAUGUCAUCUUCAAACAAGAACACCAACCCUUCCAAACAGCGACUCCAGCAACUCAAAUCGCAACUCAACAUGGGGUCUGUUGGCGACAACGUGGCUACGGCCUUCACGCAGGAUGUCGUGCCUCUCGCACCAGAGGAUCCGCUGUUCGGAUUGAUGGCCGCCUACCGCAAGGAUACCGAUUCGAAAAAGAUCGAUCUGGGAAUUGGAGCAUAUCGUGACGACAAUGCGAAGCCUUGGGUUCUUCCCGUCGUGAAGCAGGCAGACGAACUCCUUCGCAACGAUCCCGACCUCAACCACGAGUACCUUCCCAUCGCCGGUCUCCCUGACUUCACCUCCGCCUCUCAAAAGCUCAUCUUGGGCAAGAACUCGCCUGCCAUUGCCGACAAGCGUGUCAUCUCCCUUCAGACCAUCUCCGGUACAGGAGCUGUGCAUCUUGGUGCCCUUUUCCUCGCCAAGUUCUACAACCCGGCAAACGCAGAGGCAAAGGCGGUCUACGUUAGCAACCCAACAUGGGCAAACCACAACCAGAUCUUCGGCAACGUCCGACUGCCGGUCAAGCAAUACCCAUACUUCAGCAAGCAGACCAAGGGUCUCGAUUUCGAGGGCAUGAUUGGCGCUAUCAAGGACGCACCAGAGGGCAGCGUUAUUCUCUUGCACGCAUGUGCACACAACCCCACGGGCGUGGACCCCACACAAGAUCAGUGGAAGGAGAUUGCGAAGGUCAUGAAGUCCAAGAAGCACUUCCCAUUCUUCGACACUGCCUACCAAGGCUUCGCCUCUGGCUCGCUUGAGAAGGACGGCUGGGCCAUUAACUAUUUCGUCGAGCAAGGAUUCGAGCUCGUCAUCGCUCAAUCCUACGCCAAGAACUUUGGUCUGUACGGUGAGCGCGCAGGCUGUUUCCACUUUGUCACAUCCCCAGGCUCCAGCGCAGCAGAGACCACACAGCGUGUUGGAUCGCAACUGGCCAUACUCCAGCGUUCGGAAAUCUCAAAUCCUCCGGCGUACGGUGCUCGCAUUGCUUCCCUGGUCCUCAACGACGACAAGCUCUUCGCGCAGUGGGAAGAGGAUCUGCGCACCAUGUCUGGCCGCAUCAAGGAGAUGCGCAAGGCUGUUCGCACACGUCUCGAGGAGGCCAAGACUCCAGGCACGUGGAAUCACAUCACCGACCAGAUUGGCAUGUUCUCCUUCACUGGCCUGAACGAGAAGCAGGUGGAGAAGCUUCGCAGCGAGUACCACAUCUACAUGACCAAGAACGGCCGCAUUUCCAUGGCCGGUCUCAACACCAAGAACAUCGACUACUUUGCCAAGUCGGUCGAUGCCGUCGUUCGUGAGACAUCAUAGAGGUUUGACAGGACUUCUCUUUACGGUAUGUGAUGAGUAAUGGCACGAGAGCACGACCAGGCACGAGACAAUGUCGGCAGUAGAAGGUUGAUAGAAAUUCAGGGCCAGGGGCCCUAGCUUCAACACAAAAGUACUGUUGCUGUGCAAUGAUUGAACCUUUUCCUCUCCGAAUCGUUCUGUGUUC